AUGUCGGCGAGCCUCGUGAGGGCGUCGCUGCCGUGGCGCUGCGGCACCGGCAGCACGGCCGCAGCCAUGGGGAGUACCCUGCGUUCUCAACUGCGCCGGCCGGGGUGCCACGGCCAGCGCGCCGGCCUCCGGUGCAGCGCCACGACGCCGCCGGGGUUCCCCCCGGGCCCGUCGCCGGCAGAGGUGCCGGGCACGGCCCGCCCACCUGAAGAGAUGCCAGCCACGGCCCGUCCACCCGAGGAGAUGCCGAGCAUCGACACGCCGCCGGAGUUCGAGCCGCCCCCUGGCGUGGACAUGCCGAUGCCCGGUGCGCCGGUGCCCGGCACGCCUCCCGGGCCGGAGCAGCCUGGCCCGUCGAUACCGUCGCCGCCGAUGCCGGAGAUCCCGGCCGUGCCGCCGAACCCCGAAGUCAUCCCGACGCCGCCGCCCGAGCUCGACCCGCCGCGCGCCCCGCCGGAGGUCGUGCCGCCGCAGCCGUCCGACGUCCCGCCUCCGUUCGUGUAG